AUGAAACCUUGUUAUCAUUUUUUUGUGAAUUUUUUGUACUAUCCUAAUAAUAUUUUCUCAAUACUUAUAUUCAUUAGAAAUAGUUCUAUGAUAAUUUAAGCAAAAAUAAAUAUAAAAAUAGAUAAUUAACUAGUAGCAUAGAUACGUGCAAUUAAAAAAAAAAUUAUUUUAUAAUCUUGAAUGUAAAUUAUUAAUUUGAUUUAAUAUAAACUGUAAAUUAUGUAAUGUAAGAGUCGUGUUAAACACAACUUGAAUUUAGCGCCCGAAAGUAAGGUGAUAUGCUCAGCUCUAUUGAUUUCUACCACUUGACUGCGUUAUUUGAGGGAGUAAAAUACGCGAAAGAAUUAUUUAAAACGGUGAAAUGGUGAUUUUAGUAUAUAAAGAUAAUAUGUCUGCAGUGCAGCCUCAGUUGCCCAACGGAUUCUUAAAUGGAUUCUCAAAGGAUGAUAAAGCAUCAGAUGUUGAUGGAGAAUAUAUCACUCCUUCCGAUACCGGUCGUGAUGGACCAGAUCAAAUACUUGCUUCAGACGUGGAUACAACUUGGGAACCAAAUGGACGAGUUAGAAUAAAAUAUGGCAGAGAAAAUUUCAAUUCACGAGAAUUCAUUUCAGUGCCUGGUUUGCUUAUGAGAACAGCCAAAAAAUAUCCUGAUCAUGUCGCCUUGGUAUCAAGAGUUGGAGUUGAUGGUAAAAGACGUACUUAUACUUACAGAGAAUACGAGGCGGAAGUGAGAAUUGUUGCUAAAGCAUUCAUUAAGUUAGGCCUUCAACGAUAUCACAGCGUUUGUAUACUUGGGUUCAAUAGUCCACAAUGGUUUAUUGCUGAUAUUGCAGCUAUUUAUGCGGGAGGUUUCGCUGCAGGAAUUUAUACAACUAAUUCUCCGGAUGCUUGUCAAUUUUGUGCUGAAAACAGUAGAGCUAAUAUAAUAGUUGUAGAAGAUAAUAAACAAUUGGAAAAGGUACUGGAAAUAAGGAAAGAUUUGCCAAAUUUGAAGGCUAUUAUACAGUAUGAAGGUGUAGCAAAAGAAAAAGAUGUAUUGAGUUGGUACGAUUUAUUAGAAAUUGGUCGAGCUGAAUCAGAUGAUAAACUAGAUUCUGUUCUUCGAACGAUUGGUGCUAAUGAGUGCUGUACUUUAGUUUACACGUCUGGUACAGUAGGCCGUCCCAAAGCAGUGAUGUUGAGUCAUGAUAAUUUAACACACGAUGCACGAGUAAUUACAGAGCGUGUAAAUUUUAAAGACACGACUGAAAUUAUUGUUAGUUUUUUACCACUGUCACAUGUUGCAGCUCAGGUGGUUGAAAUAUUUACUAGUAUGACCGUAGCUGCAACUGUUUAUUUUGCGGAUAAAAAUGCUCUUAAAGGUAGUCUCGUUGAGACAUUAACUUAUGCAAGACCUACAGCUUUUCUGGGUGUUCCACGUGUGUGGGAAAAAAUAUAUGAAAAAAUGAUGUUAGUCGCCCGUAACAACGGUCCAAUAAAAACAUGGAUUGCUACUUGGGCUAAAGCACAAGGAUUAUAUUACAACAUGAAUAAAAUGAAUGGUGUUGAUUAUAAAACAUGGGGUUACCUCUUUGCUAAAUGGCUUGUUUUUAAUAAAAUAAAAGCAACACUCGGAUUAGAUAGAUGCAAAAUAUUUGUUACUGCUGCUGCUCCACUGAGUGAUGAUAUAAAAAAAUAUUUUAUGAGUCUGGAUAUGCCGAUAAUGGAAGCCUAUGGUAUGUCAGAAUGUGCUGGUGCUCAUACUUUAAGUACUGAAGACAAGUAUAGAUUAGGAGCUGUGGGAGCAGUUUUAAAAGGUCUUAAAACAAAAUUAGAUCAUCCAGACGAUUGCGGUGAAGGUGAAAUAUGUAUGGGUGGUCGACACGUUUUUAUGGGCUAUUUGAAGGAGCCGGAAAAGACUAAAGAAGCUAAAGAUGACAAUGGUUGGUUACACAGUGGAGACCUUGGAAGAAUAGAUGCUAAAGGGUUCUUAUAUGUAACAGGACGAAUAAAAGAGCUUGUAAUAACGGCUGGUGGUGAAAAUAUUCCACCAGUUCAGAUAGAACAAGUUCUAUUGAAAGAAUUACCAGCGCUUAGUAAUGCUAUGCUCAUAGGUGAUAUGAAAAAAUAUUUGACAAUUCUAGUUACAUUAAAGACCGAGAUGGACCCUGAUACAGGCGAACCUUUAGAUGCUCUUUUACCUACUACGAUCUCGUGGGCAAAGUCAAUUGGAAGCAAAGCAAAAACAUUAUCUGAAGUUUUAAGUACACGGGAUCCACUUAUUUACAAGGAAAUUGAUGAUGCAAUCAAAAGGACAAAUGAACAAGCAACAAGUAAUGCUCAAAAAAUACAAAAAUUCACUCUCUUGCCUCACGAUUUUUCAAUUCCGACCGGAGAAUUAGGUCCUACACUUAAAUUGAGGCGAAGUAUUGUAUCAAAAAAAUAUGCCGAUGUUAUUGAAGAAAUGUACAAGUAACAAAAUUUCUGUUAAAUCAUCUUUAAGUGUCAAACAUAAUUUUUAGUUAGGAAAUUUUUUUAUUUCCUUUUGUUAAGACUAUCUUUAUCAAAAAAUUUUAAUAUUUACAAACAUCUAAUACAUUCAGAUUAUUACAAAAACUCGCAAUUUUUUUUGUUUGAAAUAUAAAUUUUCUUUGAGUUCUGGCGAAAAUGUGUAUUGCUCUAAGAACCAAAUUUUAUAUAAAGUGAUGCAAUUGAUACUUUGUUUUUGUUUUAUUUAAAAUUAUAAUUUAUUCAAAUUUGAAUAUCAAUAAGAUUAAUAUUAAAGGCAUCAAAGUUUCUUACUCUCUCUGUAAUAUACAUAGUUAGAAAUUUGUUAUGUAUAUAAUUAUGCGUGGAAAUGCUCCUGUACAAUCUUAAUAGUGUAUAAAAGUUUAAAAAAAAAAAAAAAAAAAAAAAAAAAAAAAAAAAAGUAUCGGUUGUAUAAUUUGUCGUAUUACUAAAACAAUUUUAUGUAAAUUUUGAAGGUUUUUGAAUUGAUAAGUACUUAAAUUAAUUGUAAGAAAGUGCCUUCUGAUAUCUGGACAAACAUUACGUUGUCUUUCGAUAAUACUGAUGUCUAGGUUUGAUUUUUUAAAAUAAAUUACACAAUUAAAAGAACUUUUUUCUUUUAGUUGAAUUAAACGUCAACUUCUUUUUUCUUUUACUUUAAUCAUCAAUAUUUUUAAUUGAUGAAAAUAUUGUGGAUUAAAUAUUUAUGUGAAAAAACAAUAUCAAUCAGAAUUAAAUUAAGAAUAUUUCAACAUCACUAUGAGGAAUUUAAACGCUUUGAGAAAUAAAACUGAAUUGAUUAUAAUUAAAAUGUAAAAUUUAUCAAUGUCGUAUAGCAAAAAUAUUAUAUCAUAUAUUUAUUCGGGAUGCAUCACAGUACACAUUUUUAAUUUGUUCGUACUUGAGUGUUACUAGCAAAAGUGCUUCUGAAAAACUUGAAUUGGUUGUAGUUGGUAUUCGAGUGUGACAAUAACACGGUUUGGUUUUCAUUUUUAGUAUUGUUUUUAAGUGAAAGCUACGACUUUUAUAUUUACCGUCAUCAGGAGGUUUAAAAAUGUAUAUAAUGUAAUAUUUAUAAUAAAAACAAAUUUAUUGAAAAUAA